CCCGAAAAAAAUUAUAAAAAAUUAUAAUUUAUAUUUUUGCUAUUGAAAAUAUAAAUGAAAUUUAUUUUUGCAUAAGCAUUUUUAAUAGUUCUUUAAGGAAUAAAACAAAAUAACAUUUUACAAAUAAGGAACAAAAUUAUUACAUUUCCUUCAACAUAUAUAGCAUUCUUUACGAUUUAGAAUACACUAUUGAUUAGCUAAUUAAUAUAUAUUAUAACAGAAUUCUAUUUUUGCGGAACAAUGGCUACUACUGAAUGGAAUUUAGUCAUCUUCCUGCAUACCAAAAAUAUAAUGGAUUCAAUUAUUUCAGGGUUACGCGUGACGCGGAGGAAAUCUGUGAAAAACAAGGGAUUCAGGAUGGGGAAGCUAAAAACUUUUGUAAACGAGCAGUAACUAUCUUAAAAAAUUUGCACAGUAGUAAUUACUAUAGCCAAAAUCGUAAAGAUGAUUGUGUUUAUUUCCAGCAUUGGUUCAGUGAUCAGGUAAGGAGAAAAUUUAGUAAUAAUGAUAAGUAUUUUAGUAACUAUGAACUUUCAAAUAAUCUUUUUGAUGUAAUAAACAAUGUCAAUUAUGAAGAAAAGGAUCAUCCUGAUCGUAGAUGCUAUGCUUCCCGUAAUGCGGGAAGUGUUAAGGUUGAGAAAGACUUGCACGAUUAUUUCAGAAACUUUAACCAUAUUAAUUGUAAAGACGGAGAUAGGGAAAAAUGUCGUAUGUAUUAUAAUUACGUUAACUAUAUUAAUGAUAUAUAUAAGCAACGUAAAGAAAAUAACUUAUGUUGUUACCUUGUUGAUGAAACGGUGGAGAGAGAAUGUACGCAUUAUUUUAAUUGUAAAGAUCAGUAUAAUCCCAAGCAUUUAUUAGAGAGUUUAAAAAAUCAAAUCGAAAUAAUAGAAAGAGGAAAUACACACGGAAACUUUCGAAGUGAAGAACUGAACCAACGUAUUGCUAGUGAAGUACAAAAUUAUCAAAGUUCUUAUGGUUCACAUGAGGUUACAAGCUUUGCACCCCAGGAUUUUAAUAUAUUGAAUGAAAGAUUAUUGAGAACUCGUAAAAUUCACAAUGGGUUGAUACUUGGAGUAAUGAUAGGAGUAUUUCUCGGAUUAUUAUUUUACAUUAAAACCCAUUCUGCAAAGCUAUGGAGAAAAAAAAGAAGAGCGGAAAAUAUAAAUAGUUAUAUGAGUGAUGUUAGUUCAAAUUACUCAAGCGCAACAUCAGAGACUGGUUCAGAAUACACCCCUUCAGAAUACACCCCUUCAGAAUACACCCCUUCAGAAUACACUCCUUCAGAUUCGGGAGCUAGUAGUAUGUACCUUUCAUAUCAAUCUUCACGAAGCAGAUUGUGA